AUGGAGAGCCUGCUGGAGAACCCGGUGCGCGCCGUGCUCUACCUCAAGGAGCUCACGGCCAUCGUGCAGAACCAGCAGAGCCUCAUCCACACCCAGCGCCAGCGCAUCGACGAGCUGGAGCGACGGCUGGACGAGUUAAGCGCAGAGAACCGCAGCCUGUGGGAGCACCAACAGCUGCUGCAAGCCCAGCCUCCGCCCGGGCUCGUGCCCCCGUCGCCAGCCUUGCUGCCAGGUCCCGCGGCCACCGCUCUAGCCACCGCCGCGGCCCAGGAGCCGCUCCAGGACCACGGACAGCUCCCGCCCGCCUCGCCAGAGCAACCACCGCUUCAGCACCACGGACAGCUCCUGGCGCAGCCCCAGCCGGGCCCCAGCGGCAGAGCUCACGCACCCCAGGCUUCGCACCAGCACCCAGUGACACACGGGGCCGACAAGGAAAAGGAGCGUCCCCCGAGUUGUUGCGCUGCUGCCGGAGCCCUCCUUCAGCACAAAUCCCCUGCCGCCCUGGGCAAGGGCGUCCUGAGCAGGAGACCCGAGAAUGAGACUGUGCUGCACCAAUUCUGCUGCCCAGCUGCUGACACCGAGCAGAAGCCUGCCUGCUCCGACCUGGCCUCCCAAAGUGAUGGCUCCUGCGCCCAGGCCGGUGGGGGCAUGGAGGACUUCGUGGUGGUGGCGGCGGCGGCGGCGGCAGCGGGCAGACCCAGUGCCCAUGCCCCGAAGGCUCGAGCCCAGGAGCUGCAGCAGGAGGAGGAGCGGCCGGGAGCGGGGGGCGCCUCCCCAAGGGCUGGCCCCCACCGAGCGGCCUCCCCCGGCCAGCAGCAGCCUGCGCUGGCGACAGCGCUCUGCUCCCACACCCCUGCCGCCUCCGAGUACGAACUCUCCCUUGACCUAAAGAAUAAACAGAUUGAAAUGCUAGAACACAAGUACGGGGGCCACCUGGUGUCCCGGCGCGCCGCUUGCACCAUCCAAACCGCCUUCCGCCAAUACCAGCUGAGCAAGAACUUCGAGAAGAUCCGCAACUCGCUGCUGGAGAGCCGCCUCCCGCGGCGGAUCUCGCUGCGCAAAGUGCGGGCACCCACGGCCCAGAGCCUGGCGGCCGAGAAGGCGCUCAUGGAGGGCUACGGGCUCAUGGGGCUGCCUCUGGUGCGCCCGCCUUCCCUGCCGCCCACCCUCGCGGGCACGCUCACCGAGCUGGAGGACUCCUUCACCGAGCAGGUGCAGUCCCUGGCCAAGUCCAUCGACGACGCCCUCAGCACCUGGAGCCUCAAGACCAUGUGCUCCCUGCAGGACAGCGGUGCCUACCAGAUCCACCAGGCCCUGCACGCGGGUGCGGGGCAGCCAGGCCUGGAGGCCGAGAUGCAGGAGCCCGAGAACACCGGCCCAGGGCCUGGGGAUGAGGCCACCGAGGCCACUGGCCUGCCCCAGGGCCACAGCGGCACUCUCAUGAUGGCUUUCCGGGAUGUCACGGUGCAAAUCGCCAACCAGAACAUCUCUGUUUCCUCUUCCACUGCUCUGUCGGUGGCCAACUGUCUGGGUGCGCAGACAGCCCAGGCCCCAGGUGAGCCUGCAGCCGGCAAAGCCGAGCAGGGUGAGGCCCCGGAGCAGGAGGCACCCGAAGCCCCUGCAGCGGAUCAGGGGGACGCACCCACUGUGCACACGUGUGCAGAGGCCGCGGUCAGCGUGGCCCUUGGCACCCACCAGCCUGUGACUGUGGAAGCCGUGGUGGAGGAGGCUGUGGCCACAGAGGCAGAGGAGGAAGAGGAGGAGGCAGGGGAGGCAGGGAAAGGGACGGAGGCCGAGGGGGGUGACAAUUCGGAGCAGCUAAGCAGCAGCAGCACGUCAACCAAGUCAGCCAAGUCGGGCUCCGCCUCCAAGGAGACCCUGCAGGCCAUGGUCCUGAGCCUGCCGCGCUACCACUGCGAGAACCCCGCCAGCUGCAAGUCGCCCACGCUGUCCACAGACACCCUGCGCAAGCGGCUCUACCGCAUCGGCCUCAACCUCUUCAACAUAAACCCGGACAAGGGAACCCAGUUCCUGAUCUCCCGCGGCUUCAUCCCCGACACCCCCAUCGGUGUGGCCCAUUUCCUCCUCCAGCGUAAAGGCCUCAGCCGCCAGAUGAUCGGGGAGUUUCUGGGCAACAGCAAAAAGCAGUUCAACCGCGACGUGCUGGACUGCGUGGUGGACGAGAUGGAUUUCUCCAGCAUGGAGCUGGACGAGGCCCUGCGGAAAUUCCAGGCUCACAUCCGUGUGCAGGGCGAGGCCCAGAAGGUGGAGCGGCUCAUAGAGGCUUUCAGUCAGCGCUACUGUAUGUGCAACCCUGAGGUGGUACAGCAGUUCCACAACCCGGACACCAUCUUCAUCCUGGCCUUCGCCAUUAUCCUCCUCAACACCGAUAUGUACAGCCCCAACAUCAAGCCUGACCGCAAGAUGAUGCUGGAGGACUUCAUCCGGAACCUGAGAGGUGUGGAUGAUGGCGCCGACAUCCCUCGAGAGCUGGUGGUAGGCAUCUACGAAAGGAUCCAGCAGAAGGAGCUCAAGUCCAAUGAAGACCACGUCACAUAUGUCACCAAGGUGGAAAAGUCCAUUGUGGGCAUGAAGACAGUGCUGUCGGUGCCGCACCGCCGCCUGGUCUGCUGCAGCCGGCUCUUCGAGGUGACGGACGUGAACAAGCUGCAGAAGCAGGCCGCACAUCAGAGAGAGGUGUUCCUCUUCAACGACCUGCUGGUGAUUCUUAAGCUGUGUCCCAAGAAGAAGAGCUCCUCCACAUACACCUUCUGCAAGUCAGUUGGCCUGCUGGGCAUGCAGUUCCAAGUCUUUGAGAAUGAGUAUUAUUCUCACGGCAUCUCCCUGGUGACUCCGCUCUCGGGCACCGAGAAGAAGCAGGUGUUGCACUUCUGUGCCCUGGGCUCAGACGAGAUGCAGAAGUUUGUGGAGGACCUGAAGGAGUCGAUCGCUGAGGUGACAGAGCUGGAGCAGAUCCGGAUAGAGUGGGAACUGGAGAAGCAGCAGGGAACAAAGACACUCUCCUUCAAGUGGGGAGCCCAGAUGGACCCACAGUCCAAGCAAGCAUCGCCUCCAGCCAAAAGGGAAGCGGCGCUGGGGGAGAAGCCGGCGGAGAGCUCGGGGGAGGUGUCAAUUCACAACAGGCUUCAAACGUCCCAGCACACCUCCGGGCUGGGGGCCGAGAGGGGAGUGCCAGUGCUGCAGCCGCCAGACCCACAGCCUAGCCCCCUGAGAGAGCAAGCUCCGCCACUGCCACCACCGCUACCACCCACUCCCCCAGGCACCCUGGUGCAGUGCCAGCAAAUUGUCAAGGUCAUUGUCCUGGACAAGCCCUGCUUGGCCCGAAUGGAGCCCCUGCUGAGCCAAGCUCUGUCCUGCUAUGCCUCAUCGUCCUCUGAUUCCUGCAGCUCCACACCUCUGGGCGGCCCAGGCACCCCCGUCAAGGUCAUCCACCAGCCUCCAUUGCCACCGCCCCCACCCCCCUACAACCACCCUCACCAGUUCUGCCCACCGGGCUCCCUGCUGCUCAGACGCCGAUACUCCAGCGGCUCCAGGAGCCUGGUGUAG